AUGAAAAUCACAAUAGAUGACGUUCCUGUGUAUUUCCCAUAUGAAUCUGUGUAUCCAGAGCAGCUUAAGUAUAUGAGGGAAAUCAAGAGAUGUCUUGAGAACAAGGGCCAUUGUCUGAUAGAAAUGCCGUCAGGCACAGGGAAAACAGUGGCUCUCCUCAGCAUGACAAUAAGCUAUCAACUCUACAUGAAGGAGCAGAAUGUCAGUUUUAAGGUGAUAUAUUGCUCGAGAACUGUUCCAGAAGUAGAAAAGACACUGAGAGAACUGGACAGGGUAAUUGAAUACAUAAAGACAUAUCGGUCUAUAAGUUUUCUGGGACUGGGAUUAACAGGAAGAAGGAAUCUUUGCAUAAACAAAGCUGCUACAAAAAGCUUUAACAUAGACCUUGCAUGCAGAACAUUCAUAAACAAGCUGGUUGAUUCCAAAUGCGACUUUUAUGAAAAUCUUGAAGGUUUCCACGAAGUUCCUGCGGCUGUUUAUGAUUUCAAUCAGCUGAAGGAAAUGGGAGAGAGGCGAGGAAUAUGUCCGUAUUAUCUUGUUAGAAGAUCAAUUCCUGCAUGUGAUUGCAUAGUAUACACAUACAACUACCUUAUAGAUCCAAGAAUAUACUCUAUUGUCUCAAAAGAGCUUGGUCCUGAUUGUGUGGUUAUAUUUGAUGAAGCACAUAACAUAGACAGUCAUUGCAUAGAGGCAUUGUCGAUUGAAAUUAAGCGGAAUGUCCUAGAAGGUGCAUCAAGAGCAACAAAGAAUCUUGAAGCUUUGUUGAUAGAAAAAGGAGACGUAGCUGACAACAUGUUCUCUAACGUGUUUAAUGGAAAGAAGCGAGAAAAGUUAUCAGAGCCGAUCUCAGGCACUAUUCCAUACUUUUAUGCAUCUGGAGAAUGUGAGUAUGAAUAUAUUCCUGGGAAUCUUAGAAACUCAUUCCACUUUAUGUCUGUUAUGAAGCGAAUAACCGAAUUUCUGAAAACAAAGCUUAAGACAAUGCAUCUUACAACAGAAUCAACAGAAUCCUUUUGCAAAAGCAUCAAGGAAUUGGCAUUUGUGGAGAAGAAGACACUAAUGUUCUGCUCCCAGCGCCUAGGAAUUCUUUGCCAGGCACUUGGAGUUGAUGAUGAGGAUACUGCACAUCUCAAGACAGUAGCUGAACUGUCAACUAUGGUCUCUAUGUAUUCAAAGGGAUUUGUCGUGGUUUUUGAACCAUUUGACUCACAGGCAUCUACAGUAUUCAAUCCAACUCUUCGAUUGGCAUGCCUGGAUUCAUCGAUAGCAAUGGCACCUAUUUUUUCAAAAUUUAGGAAUGUGAUAAUAACAAGCGGAACACUCAGUCCUAUAGAUAUAUAUCCAAAGAUAUUGAACUUUGCACCAUCAAGAACUGUGGAAAUAGGUGCAACUCUUGAUAGAAACUCUAUCUCGCCUCUAAUAAUAACAAAGGGAAAUGAUCAAAUGACAUUGAGAUCAUUUAAUGAUGAUGGAGAUGGUGCAGAUCAUAACCAUGGGGAUGCAAUGACCACUUCAUUUUCACUUAGAUCAGAUCCUUCAGUUGUAAGAAACUAUGGGCAUCUUGUUGUGGAACUUUCUAAGGUUGUUCCUGAUGGAAUGGUUUGCUUUUUCCCUUCAUACAUGUAUAUGGAGGAAAUAGUAAGCCUUUGGGCUGAGACGAACAUAAUUAACGAACUCAGUAAGAACAAGCUUGUGUUUGUUGAGACACCGGAUUACAAAGAGACUGAAAUGGCUCUCUCAAAAUACAAGAAAGCAUGUGAGAAUGGGCGAGGAGCAAUGUUGUUCAGUGUUGCCCGAGGCAAAGUGUCUGAGGGUGUUGACUUUGAAGACGGAUAUGGCAGAUGUGUUGUUAUGAUAGGAAUUCCAUUUCAAUAUACAGAAAGUGUGCGUCUGAAGAAACGAUUAGAGUUUCUAAGGCUUGAAUAUGGCAUCAAAGAGUAUGAGUUUCUCACAUUUGAUGCAAUGAGGCAUGCAGCUCAAUGUCUUGGACGUGUACUAAGGAACAAGAACGACUAUGGAUUGAUGGUGCUUGCAGAUGAGAGAUUUGAGAGGAGUGAUAAAAAAGGCAAACUACCGAAGUGGAUCCAGAAGCGCAUUGAAGGAGGAAACUGCAAUCUUAGUGUGGAUAUGGCUUUGGCAAUUGCAAGGAGAUUUUACAGAGAAAUGGCACAAGAAUGCAUUGCAACAGGAAGCAGCCUUCUGAGUGCAGAUGAUAUACAGAAGUUUUGCUUUGAAUAA